CAAUCUCUUCUGGGUAAAGUAUUGCACAGACGUAGUCGUAGCAGCCGUAACAUCUGCUGCCCUGCUCCCCCUAAAUGCGCAGGGAUGUCAGUUUAGACUCAUAACACAUUUUUACAUGCCCUAUUUGACUUAAACUUUUUAAACCUAAGCAUACGUUUUGAGCUCUUGUUUUUCAUUUUUGGUUGGAAUACAAGGCAUAGACGAAUAUGCUCAGGAAUAUAUAACUUUUUGAGAUACACAGGAGUUAUUUUCCACAUACGGACCGCGCUGUAGAACCAUCAGACCUUUAAGAAAAUUGUUUUGAAGUUUAAAAAAGUAUUCAGUCCAUACGCGGAUACGGAGAGGAUAUGGCUUGGAUCAGAUGGGAUCUCUUAUUUUCUCUAUGUGUAUUCAUUUCACCGGCGUUUGUGUCCAUGGAUCAGAGUGGCUUUAGGAGGUACUACGUGUUGCAGCCUGGACCGAGCGGAACAGACAGGGUACAUGUGAGUUCCAUUUCUUCGCGCUCCGGUGCGGCGGGACAGCCCCAAGCCUACAAUGUGGAGCUCACGGCCAGUUACGGUGGCCAGGUCCGAACCCGUAGGAUGGGUAGCCAAGCAAACCCUAUCCCUUUUCGCCAGGACACACAGUUCACGCAGCAUCAACAAGUCAUUCGGCACACCAGCCACAACGUUCACCCGAGUCCCCAAAUGAAAAUGUCAGGGGUGAAUGUCUGCGGAGGACAGUGCUGUCACGGAUGGAGUAAGGCUUCUGGAUCGCAGCGGUGCACCAAGCCCAACUGCCUGCCCCAGUGCCAGAACGGAGGAAUGUGUCUGAGACCCCAGCUCUGUGUCUGCAAGCCGGGUUCCAAGGGCAAAGCGUGUGAGCAGAAGACCAUGCCCACCACCUCCUACCCGUCCCAGCCGGGCAACGGCCACACCAACGGGCAGAACGUGGUGCCUCAGCGGCCUAUUCCCCAGCAGGGUUACCCUCAGGCCAGCAACAUGGCCCAGAUGACCUUGUCCGUCAAUCAGUCCCCCCACCUGGUCCGGCCCCAGCAAGUCCGGCCUGGUAGCCAGCAGUUUGUCCUGAAGCCCAAGUACUACCACACACACACCACACACACCCAGACGCACGUCCAACACCAGCCUGACAGACCCAUUCCCCUGGUGGGGAACCACACGGGCCGUAUCAAGGUGGUCUUCACACCCACGAUCUGCAAGGUGACAUGUGCAGGAGGCCGGUGCCAAAACAACUGUGAGCUGGGGAACACCACCACCAUCAUCAGUGAGAACGGCCACGCCACUGACACGCUCACUGCCCCUAACUUCAGAGUAGUGGUAUGCCAUCUGCCCUGCAUGAAUGGAGGAAAGUGCAGUGCCAGGGACAAAUGUCAGUGCCCGCCCAGCUUCACCGGGAAGUUCUGCCAGAUGCCGGUUCAGAAUGGGAACGGGCAGCAGCACCAUCACGGGCAGCAGCAGGCCGCCCAGAUCCACUCCACUCAUACUCUGCCUCUAACCUUCAGCAAUGGACAGAACCCUGUAAAAUAUGCCCCGAACAUCGUGAACAUUCACGUGAAGCACCCUCCAGAGGCCUCGGUGCAAAUCCACCAGGUGUCCCAGCUGGAUGCCAACGGGCAGAAGGUGAAAGGCAACGGACAGAGUAGGCAGAAUGGCCACUCCCAGACCCAGUCCCACUACACCUACCACCACUCAGAGAGCAGCCAGAAAAUUCAGCAGCAGGGACACAACAUUAUCUACCCCACACAGCAGCGCUACUUCCCCCAGUACCAGCCUGUCUCCACCAAGAGCCAGCUGGGACGAUGCUUCCAGGAGACCACCGGCAUACAGUGUGGAAAGAUCCUCCCUGGUCUCAGCAAACAAGAGGAAUGCUGUCAGAGCAUCGGAACAUCCUGGGGGUUCAACAAAUGCCAGAAGUGCCCGAAACCAUCAGGAGGAUCCAGGCAAUCAAUCGACUGCCCCCAAGGAUACAAACGCAUCAACAACUCCCACUGCCAAGAUCUCGAUGAGUGCCAGUUGCAGGGGGUUUGUCUCAACGGAGACUGUCUGAACACCAUCGGCAGCUACAGGUGCAUCUGUAAGGCUGGCUAUAUCCCUGACCCCACCCUCUCCACCUGCAUCCCCGACACCCAUGCCGUCUACGAGGAGAAAGGGGCUUGUUUCCGACUGGUCAGUUCGGGGAAGCAGUGUUUGCACCCGGUGUCUGCUCAGCUGAGCAAACAGCUGUGCUGCUGCAGUGUCGGCAAAGCCUGGGGACCACGCUGUGAAAAGUGCCCCCUGCCAGGAACAGCUAAAUUCAAGGAGAUUUGCCCUGGUGGGAUGGGCUACACUGUCACGGGAUCUUACAAGCCUAAACCUCCCAGUCACCUACCCAAAACACCCAUCCAACCUGUGUCCACCAACAAGCCAAUCAUCACCUACCAAGAGCUGGUUGACCCACCUCUGCCCUUCCCAACACCUGAGAAACCAGUGGAGGCCUUGAGUGUCACUGAGAAACACCAUCGACAUCAUACAAUUCCCUCUAUACCAGUAUCUACAGAUGCACCUGAGCAGGAGCUGGUUAUUCAGGAGGCCAGUAGUAAUAGGCCGGUGGUUGAGCCCGUGGCCGGCCAGCCGCUGCUCUCUCCCGGUGUUUCCACCAUGAGGAUGGAGCCGGCCUACGCAGAGGUUGUGGAGAAAACGUCCCCUCCUGCUCCUGCCCUCGUCCUCCCCUCCAACGCUGGCCAAGGCAUCGCCCCGACCCAGUCAGCAGAGGUGGAUGAGUGUCAGGUGAACCCUCACAUCUGCGGUCAGGGGAUCUGCUAUAACACUAUGGAGGGUUAUACUUGUGUGUGUGACGAUGGCUACCUUUUGGAUGAGACACACAACACCUGCGUAGACAUAAAUGAGUGCCGGAACUUGACUGUGUGUCAGUCUGGCCUGUGUGUCAACUUCCCUGGCUCGUAUGACUGUGAACCGUGUCCAGAGGGCUUCCAAGGCCAGGGUGGACAAUGUGUCGAUGUAGACGAAUGCCUGGUCCCGUCUACUUGUGCCAACGGGAAGUGCUCCAAUUUUGAGGGAUAUUUUGUCUGCUCGUGUAACAACGGAUUCACGCUCCGCUUAGAUGGACAAUUAUGCCAAGAUGUGGACGAGUGUCAGGAUGACCAGGUGUGUACCAAGGGACACUGCCAGAACACUGAGGGCUCCUUCCUCUGUAUCUGUGAGGCCGGCUUCAGGCCCUCCCCGGCGAGGGACCAGUGUGAUGAUGUGAAUGAGUGCCAGGAGCUCCCAGAUCCCUGUAACAGUGUGGGCCAGUGUGUCAACAACAUAGGCUCCUACCAGUGCAGCUGUCUGCCAGGCUACCAGCAGAUCAACGGCACCAACUGUCUAGAUGUUGACGAGUGUCUGGACGACCCGGAGCUGUGUUCCCCGCACGGGGAGUGUGUCAACGCCGAGGGCUCCUUCUUUUGCGUCUGCGAUAACGGCUUUGCUGUCAACCAGGAGACGCUCACCUGUGAAGACGUUGAUGAGUGCUUGGUAGGCACCAGGUGUGUUGGUGGCUCCUGUAAGAACAGCCAGGGUUCCUACCGAUGCCAGUGUGACAGUGGCUACCGCCUGCAGGCAGACACCGACACGUGCCUGGAUGUCGAUGAGUGUGCCGAGUUGGGCCAGAGUAUCUGUGGGGCGUGGCAGUGUGAGAACACGGAGGGGUCCUAUAGGUGUGUCGUGGACUGCCCCCCUGGACACCACCGUGGCCCUGAUGGCAACUGUGUGGAUAUUGAUGAGUGCCAGGCCAACGGCGCAGCAUGCGGCAGUCACGGCUUCUGUGAGAACACUGUUGGAUCCUUCCGUUGCCUGUGUGACCGUGGUUACCAGGAGUCCCAGGAGGGCUUUGGUUGUGUUGAUGUGAAUGAGUGUGAUCUGCUCAGCAGUGUGUGUGGCGAGGCCAAGUGUGAAAAUACGGAGGGCUUCUUUCUGUGUACGUGCCCCGAAUCGGACCAGGAGUACAACCAGAUGACCGCCAAGUGCAGCUCUGUGCCCACAGCAUCUCCAGUGGACAGGAAAGAGUGUUACUACAACCUAAACGAUGAGAACCUGUGUGAGAACGUCCUGACCGGAAGUGUCACUAUGGAGGAGUGCUGUUGUACGCUGGGGGCAGGCUGGGGCGACAACUGUGAGGUGCACCCCUGCCCCGUCCACGGCACGGACCAGUUUUCCCAGAUGUGUCCAGCUGGGAGAGGCAGUGUCCCUACUAGUGACACUGUGUUCGGAGUGACCGCUGGCCAGAGUUAUAAAGACGCCGAUGAGUGUGCAUUAUUUGGCCCAGAGAUUUGUAAGAGUGGCUUCUGCCUCAACAGCCCGGGAAGCUACGAGUGCUACUGUGAGACUGGCCUGUAUUAUGACGAGGUCAAACUGGAGUGCAGAGACAUUGACGAGUGUCAGGACGAGUCUGUCUGCGUCGGUGGCCAGUGUUUGAACACGCACAGGUCCUUCACGUGUUUGUGUGUGGACUCCAUGGUGUGGGACCAUGAAACCAAGAGCUGUGUGAAAGCCCCUGACGUGGCAGAGCAACACCACCUGAAUCCCACCUACCAGAAUAUCUGCUGGCAGAAGGUAACUGAGUCCCUGACCUGCACCCACCCCCUGGAAACACGGAGGACCACGUACACCGAGUGCUGCUGUCUGUUUGGAGAAGCCUGGGGCAUGGACUGUGCCCUGUGCCCCAUGAAAGGCACCGAGGACUAUGCCUCCAUGUGUAAUGUGCCCAUGAGUGGAGGACGGGGGCGUCCGUACGGUCCCGAUGCGCUCGUGGCUGGGCCCAUCCAGGAGUAUGGCCUGGACUAUGAGCCUGGCCCCAACCAGCCCGGCACCCUGCCCUUGUACGACCACGAGGAGAAUCCGUACAAUGCUUUUGAGGGCUUGCGAGCGGAGGAGUGUGGUAUUUUGAACGGCUGUGAGAACGGGCGCUGUGUGCGGGUACAGGAGGGAUACACCUGUGACUGCUUCGACGGCUACACCCUAGACAUGUCCCGCAUGGCGUGUGUAGAUGUGAACGAAUGUUCUGAGCUUAACAACCGGAUGUCCCUGUGCAAGAACGCCAAAUGUAUAAACACGCAAGGUUCCUACAAGUGUGUCUGCCUGCCGGGAUACGCCCCUUCUGAGCAGCCUAACUACUGCGUGGCCGAUGAACAGGGCACAGCAACAGCGGGCACACAGAGGGAGUGACCCACCACAGCCACUAGAGGGACACCGAUAACACACAAAAAAAAAAACUCACUUAUUUAAUCCAAGCCCAUAUACUCUGCACUGUAUAAAAACACACUAAACAAAACAGCAAAACUAUAAUUUACUUGAGAUGAAGAUCCAGUUUAACCUAUCAUGUGGUGCCUGUGUUGUGCGGUGAAGCACAGCAUUGUAUAAAAUGUAUGUUUGUUUUGUCCGUUUUUUGUAAGUUUUACUUUUUAUAUUAAAAGGAGUUUAUGCACGCUUAGAGGAGCAUUUGCUCUCCUAAUGCAAAGACAAACCCUAUGAACUCUUACUGGGGGAUUACAUUUUCUUUUCUACCCAGUCCAAAACACCUUGUGUGUGGAUAUUUAAUUCAGUGAGGCCAGCCAUUUUUUUGCCCUCCCUGCUCUUCCUCUCAGCCUCCCUCUUCUUCUUCCCUGUACGGCGCUGUGGAGGACCGCUUGCCUGGCCAUGGAUGGAAGGCCAUCUUAUCUUUGCUCCGUGGCUUCACGCAGAAUGCAGUAUGCACAUUACUGUAAUAGAAUGUUGUUCAUGUGAAUUCUUUGAAAUAAGCUUUUUCUAGAAAUUGUUUAGGUAUUAAUGUUAAAUGCAAACUCAAAACUACUUCUCUGUGUCUGGGACAUUGGACAAUAGCACGAUUUUUUUUGAAUGAAUUAUGUUUUUUUUUUUUUUUUUUUAUCUCUUGCCUGCCCUGUGGAGCAGUCAUAUUCCCUAUGGUUUAGUGAUUUUUUUUCUUGAGAUAUUGUUUUAUUUCUUCAAAAUAAAAUUAAAUGAAGUUUUGCUUUAUUAUUUUUUCAUACUUCAAUGGAACCUUUUUCCGCAUUUUACUGCAAUGUCUAAAAGUCUUGCCAGGUUGCAAAGCUGCUAUGGGACAGCCGUGGGAGAAAUUUUGUACAUUUAAACAGAAAAAACAGUUAUGUAUUUGUAAUUUAGCUCUUGUAUGAAUAUUCAUAUUACAAUGUAUAUUUAACCCCUGGUAAUAAAUCACAACUGGUGAUA